CAUCGCAGCAGCGUCCAAACAUCCAGACAGAGAGCUGAGGAGGAAAACGCUGCGGGAGAAAGUUCGGGACGAAGCUGCGGGGUCUGAGGCACGAGGGGGCCGGAGGACAGCUGUAUGGCGGUGACGGUUACCGCGGGAGGGCCGGCUCUCAGCAUGGAGAAUGGACAAAGCAGCACCACCAAACUGGGCCUGCCGCCGCUCACCCCCCACCAGCAGGAGGCGCUGCAGAAGGCCAAGAAGUACGCCAUGGAGCAGAGCAUCAAGAGCGUCCUCGUCAAACAGACGCUCGCCCAGCAGCAGACACUCACCAGCCUGCAGGUCGCGGCCCAGCGUCAGAGGGCUCUGGCCAUCAUGUGCCGGGUCUACGUUGGCUCCAUCUACUACGAGCUGGGAGAGGACACCAUCAGACAGGCCUUCAUUCCCUUUGGACCAAUCAAAAGCAUCGACAUGUCCUGGGACUCUGUCACCAUGAAACACAAGGGUUUUGCCUUCGUGGAGUACGAGGUCCCUGAGGCGGCUCAGCUGGCUCUGGAGCAGAUGAACUCCGUAGUCCUGGGGGGCAGAAAUAUUAAGGUGGGCCGGCCCAGUAACAUCGGUCAGGCUCAGCCAAUCAUCGACCAGCUGGCGGAGGAAGCGCGUGCCUUUAACCGGAUCUACGUGGCGUCGGUCCACCCCGACCUCUCUGACGAGGACAUCAAGAGCGUCUUCGAGGCCUUCGGGAAGAUCAAGUCGUGUAUUUUAGCGAGAGAGCCGACCACGGGGCGCCACAAAGGUUACGGCUUCAUCGAGUACGAGAAGCCGCAGUCGUCUCAGGACGCCGUCGCCUCCAUGAACCUGUUUGACCUGGGGGGUCAGUACCUGCGGGUGGGGAAGGCCGUGACCCCGCCCGUGCCCCUCCUCACACCCACCGCUCCAGGAGGCCUCCCGGCCGCCGCAGCCGUGGCCGCCGCUGCCGCCACGGCUAAAAUCACCGCUCAGGAGGCCGUGGGAGUGUCGGUGCUCGGAGCUCUGGCUGGACCAACUCUCCUCUCCCAGCACCUCGGAGGACUUCCUCAGGCCGUCAUGGCCGCCCAGGCCCCAGGUGUGAUCACAGGUGUGACGCCGGCUCAGCCCGGCCUGCCUCAGGUGGGACUCGUCAACCCCGUCCUGACCACGCCCCCGGCACCUGCCGCCAUUUUUGGCUCCGAGGCGAGGAGGAAAGAGGAGGAGGAGGAACGACAGCAGGAAGCACCACAGGAGGGCGCCGUGGAGCCACUCAGCGAGCAGGAACACCUGAGCAUCAGUGGCAGCAGCGCCAGACACAUGGUGAUGAGGAAACUGCUCCGGAAGCAAGAGUCCACCGUCAUGGUCCUGAGGAACAUGGUCGGUCCUGACGACAUUGACGACGACCUGGAGGGCGAGGUCACCGAGGAGUGCGGGAAGUUCGGCAGCGUGAAGCGGGUCAUCAUCUACCAGGAGCGUCAGGGCGAGGAGGACGACGCCGACGUCAUCGUCAAGAUCUUCGUGGAGUUCUCAGAGGCGGCCGAGAUGAACCGGGCCAUCGCCGCGCUCAACCAGCGCUGGUUCGGAGGACGCAAAGUGUCGGCCGAGGUUUACGACCAGGAACGAUUCGAGAGCAGUGACCUAUCGGCGUAGAACACGAACAGUCCCGUUCUAACACGUCUGUUUUUUAAAUCGGUUUUCUUCUUCGUGUGUUUGUGAGGACCUAAAGGAGCACGGCGCCAAUCUCUGUUUGACCUGUUUACAUUCCUGCUGAUUGUUUUCACCUUUUUUAUGGAUUUUAUAUCAAAGUCUUUAAUUGUUCAGGUUCAAGACCAGUCAGUGAUGCUAAAGCUAGCUGCUAACGCUACUAGGCCAGAGAUUUACUCGCCGUUUAACCUUGUGGACACGUCCGGGUACAUCAUCGGAGGAGUUGUCAGUAUUCCUGAUGAUCAGUGGCGUGUAACUGGAGGAUAGCAGACCAGUGAACGCACCACAGUCACCACUGCCCGCACCGAUACGAUUCACCGGGUGUUGUGGUUUAACCAGCGACCGUGUUACCUGGUGACCCUCAGCUGAAAGAAAAAGCUAAUAGGUUGUUUCCUGAACUCCCACAUCCUGACAGUCUUUCCCUUUUGUUCACCGUCCUUGGUAACCAUUAGAAAAGUGGGCGGAGCUAGAGAGGAGCGAGGGAAACCAUGCUCCUCUCCAGCUCCGCCCACUUUUGUCAGUGGUUGCUAACUUUAGUCUACAGGCAAAAAUAAAGAAAAAGGCCCCAACAUCCCCAGCUUCACCAACAUUCCAUCUCUACCUUUGAUGAUGUCAUCCUUUAUAAAACAUUCCAUCCUUGCCUUUUGCAUGUAGACCAGUUUAGGCCUGCAGUUCUCAUACCAGUCUAACCAGUCUAGACUCCUCUAGACCAUGGUCUCAGUCCUAGACUCCUCUAGAAUCUGGUCUCAGUCCUAGACUCCUCUAGACUCUGCUCUCAGUCCUAGACUCCUCUAGACCAUGGUCUCAGUCCU